GCCGGAAAGAAGUCGCACGAUUGAUCUUAGUUUUUUGGUGCCUUCACUCACUUCACUUCCAAUUGCCAAUGCGAAAGAAGGAAUGGUGGUAAUUCGAGACAUGGCAAACAUGUUUUGGGGAGUCACCAUUGAUGCUGGGAAAAGAUAUUCCCAGACAGUGACUCAAGGCUUCUGUUUGUCUAUGGCUGCCUUGGAAAACAAAUCGGGGUCAAACAAUGAGUUUGUGCAAGUGCUGCUUCAACAUGAGUCGUCAGAAUAUCUUUUGUGCACCCUGCAACAUGGCAAGCUGCUGCAACAGCCUCUCAACCUGAACUUUGCUGCGGGAGAGCAAGUUUCCUUUUCCUUGAAUGGCUCAGGAAUUGUGCAUUUGACUGGCUUUGUUGUGCCUGAAUAUGAGGGUGAAAUGGAUGAUGAAUCUUUUUCUGGAUCAGAUGAAGAUAUCCCAGACCUUGUGCCAGCAGGGAGUUUACAAGCAGGAAAAAGAAAAGCAGAAUCGCCAUCGAAAGCAUCUAAGAAAUUAAAGCUGCUUACUUAUGAUGGGGGAGCAGAUGGUAGCGAUGAUGAAGAUGAUGAUGAUUAUGUGGAGGGGGAGGAGGAGGAGGAAGAGGAUUUUUCAGACGAUUUUGAUGAUUCUUUCUUUGAUGAAGAUGACAGUGAAGAAGAUGAUGAGGAUGAGGAAGAGGACAUGGGAUCGGCUAAGAAGGGCAAAAAGGCAAUCGAAACCCCUCAGUCCGCAAAACAGAAAGCACAGCUUCAAAAGAAAACACCACAGCAAACAGAGAAAACACCGAAUGCAUCGCCAAAAAAAACUCCCAAGCAGAAUGCCAAGACUCCUGAGCCAACUGAAACUCCAUCCACACCUGCCAAUGGAGAAGACACCAGUGCCAAAAAGAAGAAAAAGAAGAAGAAGAAGAAGAACAAUGAGGGUGAUACCUCGGGGAACAACAGCAGCAUGAAUGAGUCCAAAUCGGAAACACCAAGUUCAAGUUCUGGGCAAAACUCUCCUAAGAAAAGAGUCGUUUCAGGGGGAACGCUGGUGGAGGACCUGAAGGCUGGCCAUGGUCCUGAAGCCAAGCCAGGAAAGAUGGUGUCGGUUUACUACGUUGGCACCUUGGCGAAGAAUAACAAAAGAUUUGACUCCUGCACGGGUGGCAAACCCUUCCGAUUCAGACUGAACCAAGGGGAGGUGAUUAAAGGAUGGGACAAAGGGGUGAAUGGUAUGAAAGUUGGUGGGAAGAGGAGGAUUACUGUGCCUGCAAGCCAAGGUUAUGGAAACAUGAAACAAGGUCCAAUCCCAGCCAACUCGACACUAGUGUUUGAGGUAGAGCUCAAGGCUGUCAGUUAAUUGUUCUGAAACGACGGAGAAUGCACCAGGGCAUUUUGAUGUAGCAACAAGCUGUUUCAAAUUGAUAACAAAGGUUGGCAAGCUGCUCAACUGUUCUAAUCUCAGAAACAACAUUUUUCAGGAGAAAAACCGGUCAAUUCUUUAAAAAAAUUCAAUACUAUAUUAUGUAUCUUUUCCUUUUUUAAAAAAAUGUUUUGAAUUAGAAUUUCAACAAAAUCUUUUGCAAGUGUAUGCAGCAAAUACCACAGACUAAGAAACUGCAAUUUAGAAAAAAAAAUUAAUACAGUGAAACUUGGAUAACAAAAUCAUCAGGCCUGACCACCAAUUUAACUGAAUCUGAGUGUUUGUUAGAGCAAACAAGAGAUUUUUGUAGAGAUAAUUAGUCUGCAGGCACAGGGGGGUUGUUGUUAUCGAUCCAGGCACAAGGGGGGGUAAUGAGUGGUAGACCUACCCUGAAAUGCCUGUUUUUUUCCCCAUAUUUUUACUUCCUCAAUUGAAGGUUUAAUAAGAGAUAUCUUUGUGCCAUUGAUGCCACACUGAAGAAAUGCUUGAAAAAUUCCAGGAAAAUACAUUGCACUCUACCAAGCGCACACUGUGCAAAAGGGCUGAUUUGAUCAAUGCACUCCUGCCUCUGUCAUCUAUCAUCCAUGACGUAUUGUUUGCAGAACAUGUGUUACGUGUGUUUGCCAAACACACCUGUGUUGAUAUGAAAGAAGGCCGCUGAUUGGUUGCAUCAGAAUAAGAUAUAAACAAUAGGCUAGGUGAAUAAUGGUUCAUGACUCUGACAAUGCAGGUGCCGUGGAUGGUUUCCAGGAAUAGAUACGGUUUGUAGUGGGAGAAAAAUGAGCAAAGCCACGUCAGCUGGGACUGUUCACACUGCAAGUGACUUUGUUGAAUCCGAGCAUGUUCAUAUGUGUUUGUUGAAUCUUUGUUAUUUUUAUUGAUUUUAAUUAAUUGAAGAAAAAAAACGGAAUCCAUCUCCUUUCGUUGAAUCCCAGUUUCCACUGGAUUUGAGUUACAAGAUAAAAAAUUUGGGUUUAGUACAUUUGAACAUCUGGCUGACAAAGUGUAUGAUUGUUCCUCUCACUGUUUGACCAUAAAUUUGUAAGUUGUUUAUACAAGGGCAUAAUUUUUAAAAGAAUUAUUUUCUAAAUGAUUUUGAUUCGUUAUUUCUGUACUUUUGCUUUUUAUGGUACCCUGCAGUACAGGUUGAAUAAAUUUGUCAUCUAAAUGAGAUUUUUUGAAUAAAAUGGAUGUCUGUUUCUAUGUAUGCAGAUGAAUACUUUAUUGUGAGAUGAGAACUUUGUUUAUUUUCUUGGACAUAGCUUUUGAUAGUUUCCUCAUAAGUUUGUUAAUCAUUAUUAAGAGGGUUUUUUUCUGUUGUUGGAAAUACUGUCUGUUUGAAAGAGGUCUCAUAGACUAUAAUAGCAAUGUGGACUUGCAGAGCUGUUGAUUGAUGUAGGUUCUUGUAUCUCUAACCAGUCAGUUUUAACUGUUCUGUCUGUAGAUAAUAAUCUAAAUCUGAGCAUUUAUGCUGAUGGUGUAUGAAGAAUAAUAAUUCUGAAAUCGAUCCUACCAAAGUCCUUUUCUGAAAAUUGCUUCCUCCUCUGCAGCGAAGGGGCAUAAAUCUGUACAAAAGUUGUGUUCUCUUGUUUCUGAAACUUGAUCAUUUGCGUUACAUGUAAGGUUGCCAGUGAAGAUUGAGAUGACAGCACCCUCAAGAUUCUUUUCGGUUUAGAAAUAGGAGCAUUUUAGCUAAUUAAAUGUUUUAUUUUAAAGACAAAGAAGAAAGUCUGGGACUCUUAUUUCUUUUGGUUUAAGCUGUUUUAGGAUUAAUCUCUUUCAGGUUGAGUGGAUUCUACAGUUAGCCCCUUUAACUUUAAGGUGCUAUGAUCAUUACUAAACUAUUGAAAAUGUACUCUGCAACAUUGUCAGCGAACUGGAUGUCAGGUACACAAUAAUGUUGUGUACGGUACACACUUGGCAGUUGUACUUUAAUUAUCUCCGUUCCUCCCACAAACGACUGUGCGAGCCAGCGAGUGAUCGUCACAAUAAUGCUGGAAGCCUGAAAAUUGCGCAAAGUUUGGGCAGAGGGAAAUAACCCAUUACAAUAAAUUGUCUUUCAUCUAAUCAUGGCAAAACCAUUUCCCUUAAUGUUGGAUAGGUGGGUUCGUGAAUUAGUUGACUUUGGUUGACCAAGUUGGGAAAGCAUUAUUGUUUCUUAUGCUGCAGUUGUAAUUCAGACUUACAAAUGAUUGGUUUUCUGUCCAAGAAUGUUUUUGCUUGUAUGAGAGGUGUAAAGAUGAAGAUUCCACCUACUGAUGUCCCAUGUCUUGAUGCCAUCCCAAACGGGGUUCAUAAUUCAUUAAACAUUCAACUCAAGUUAUUCUUUUAUUUUUAUCAUGGAAAUAAAUCAUAUGUAAACUU